UAGACAGCUACUUAUCAGUUGUACGUGAACUUUGGCCACACAAUUAAUGAGUUUAAACAAAUAUUACUCAUUGUUUAAUACACAUUUUAUUUCCUAUUUAAUUUAAAAAAAUCAGUUUAAAAAUGGCGGAUGUCAAUCAAUACUAUAAAGAUGCUCUUAACAUUGUUCUGGAAGCAGGCAAGAUUUUAAAACUAGGAUUUAACAGUCCAAAAGAAAUAACAACAAAAACAAAUAUUCAAGAUUUUGUAACACAAUAUGAUAAACUUGUUGAAAAAACAAUAAUCGAAGCAAUUCUUAAACUGUAUCCGAAUCACAAAUUUAUUGCUGAAGAAAGUGCAGCUCAAAAUACUUUGACAACCGAACCUACGUGGAUUCUUGAUCCUAUUGACGGAACAACAAAUUUCAUACAAGGAUUUCCAUUUUGCUGUAUUUCUUUGGCACUGGCAAUUGACAAAGAUUUAAAAAUUGGCAUAGUAUACAAUCCUGUUUUGGAUCAAUUAUUUACAGGCCAAAAAGGGAAAGGCGCGUUUUUGAACAGUAAACAAAUACAUGUAAAUGAUACUGAAGUUAUUUUUAGCGCCAUGAUUGGUUUUGACUUAAUAUGUUUUGCAAAUAACGAACCAGCACUUCAGAUUUUAUUAAAAAAAUGUGAGCUGUUUAUCAGAAAUUGUCGAGGAAUAAGAUCUUUAGGAUCGGCAGCAUUACAGUUAUGCUAUUUAGCGAUGGGAGCCGUAGACAUAUGUGUGUUUAAACAUUUAAAAUGUUGGGAUGUUGCCGCUGGAAAUUUGAUUAUUCAAGAAGCUGGAGGAAUUAUACUCGAUUUGGAAGGACGUCCGUACAAUAACAUCAUGGAUGCAGAUAUAAUUGCUACUUGUACAAGAAAACUAGCAGAUGAACUGUUAAAAAUAACAAAAUAAUUCCACACAAUGUCUAAAUGUAAAAGAGUAAAAAAAAAAACAAUCAAA